AUGUGGAGAAAAGCGUGGGGUAUGGAUGAUUAUCUCAUGUUCGUUGGAACCAUUCUAUUCUCAGUCACAGCCGCUCUUUGCAUCGUCUGUUGUUACUAUGGCUCCGGUCAGUUUUCGCGAGACCUUCCAACUGCAACAAUAUCCAAAGGAACAAAACUCUUUUAUAUCGCGGAGUACUUCUAUGCUGUCAGCGCCAUGUUCGUCAAGAUUAGUGUUGCCGUAGCGCUUCUGCGUAUCGCUGCCAAUCGUCGAUUCUUCACAUGGGGUCUAUGGGCGCUAAUUGGUGCUACUAUCGUUGCAGCCCUUGUAUUCUGUAUAGGUAUCGCAAACAUCUGUCAUCCCAUCAACACUCUUUGGGGUGAAUCGAACGGCACCUGCAAUCUGCAGCUCAAUACGAACGUCAGUCUAUUCUAUUCAGCCAUCGAGAUUGCAGCAGACUUCAGUCUCUCCAUCAUGCCAGCUAUCUUGCUUUGGAAUGUUCAGAUGAAGGGGGCUGUCAAAGCUUCAGUGGCUGUAAUGCUAGCGCUCGCUUCUUUUGCGUCGUGCGCCACCAUCGUCCGCCUCAAGUACCUCACACUUUACAGUGAUCCUGGCGAGUUUAUGUACAGUACAGGCAAAAUCGGCUUCUGGUCCCUGACCGAAGUAGGCAUCGGCCUCAUCGCCGGUUCGUUACCUCCCCUUCGCCCUCUCCUCUCCCUUCGCAUCAGGGUGUCCGCGGGCUCCAAUACUCCUGCCGCAUCCAAUGGAAGAGCGUAUCAAUCCGGAACGAACAACAGGCAGCCCACCUCGCGCUCGCGUGGGAUAGCUAUGGACACUUUUCAGACCUUAGGCGACAACGAUGACGCCGAUCAGAGCGACGGAGAUUCGCAGAAGAACAUUAUCAAAGAGACUAAGUUUACAGUAACAUCAACCAUUGCUGGAGGUCAUGGAGAUCCAGGGUCAAUGGCUUGGGAUCGUAAGGAACGAAGCCAUGUCUGA